AUCAUCAUCAUCUUACUUUUUCUUUGCUCUUUGUUCUCCCUCUGCUUCUUCUUCUUCUUCUUCUUCUUCUCUCUCUCUCUCCUCUUUCUCUCUCUACAAUGGCUUCUCUCUUCAGCAGAGAACGAAUACUCGGCCAAUCAAAGCGAGACUCCAUGAACGGACUCAACAGCUUCAAAUCCACCACCACCGCCGCCGCCGUAACCACCACUCUAGAUCCACUUCCGUCACCAUUCGGCGACCUCACACCUACUCUAUCCGCCACCGACCUCCGCGAAACCGCCUACGAGAUCUUCAUUGCCGCCUGCCGUACCUCCACCGGAAAACCUCUCACAUACACUCCGAACAACAACAACAACAACAACAACAACAACAGCAACAACACAGACUCGCCGUCGCAGAGAUCUUCUCAGUCGCCGUCGCUGUCAGGCUCGCCGUCGCAGAGAUCGAUCACUUCCGCCGCCGCGUCGAAGAUGAAGAAGGCGUUAGGUCUCCGAUCUAGCUCUUCCGCCGGUAGUCCUGGCUCCGGCGCUAGUUCCGGUGCCGGAUCUGGUGGAAAGGUGAAGAAGGUGAUGACGAUUGGAGAGUUAAUGAGGAUUCAGAUGAAGGUUUCUGAGGCUGCUGAUUCGAGAAUUCGUAGAGCAUUGUUGAGAGUUUCUGCUGGUCAGGUCGGGAGGCGAGUUGAAAUGAUGGUUCUUCCGCUAGAGUUAUUACAACAAUUCAAACCGUCAGAUUUUACCGACCAACAAGAAUACGACACCUGGCAAAAGCGAAACUUAAAAAUGUUGGAAGCGGGACUUCUUCUACACCCUCACGUGCCACUUGGCAACGCCACAACCGCAUCCCAAAGGCUACAAAAAAUCAUCCGUAACGCGCUUGACAAACCAAUUGAAACCGGAAGAAACACCGAGCCGUUACAAGUCCUACGUGGUGCCGUGAUGUCAUUGGCCAACCGGUCAACCGACGGGUCAACCGACUCAUGCCAUUGGGCCGACGGAUUCCCUUUAAAUCUCCGACUUUACGAGAUCCUUCUAGAAACUUGCUUUGAUGCCAAUGACGAGUCAUCAAUUAUUGACGAAGUUGAUGAGGUUAUGGAACUUAUUAAGAAAACGUGGGGUAUUUUGGGAAUUAAUCAAAUGCUUCAUAACAUAUGUUUUUCAUGGGUUUUGUUUAAUCGGUUUGUUGCAACCGGACAAACGGAUAAUGAUCUGCUUUACGCUGCUGAUUGUCAGCUGGUAGAAGUUGCGAAAGAUGCGAAAACGACAAAGGAUCCGACAUACGCUAAAAUAUUGAGUUCUACGUUGACUUCGAUAUUGGGUUGGGCUGAACAAAGACUUCUUGCGUAUCAUGAUACGUUUGAUAAAGUAAACAUUAAUUCUAUGCAAAGUAUUGUGUCUUUAGGGGUAUCAGCUGCUAAAAUAUUGGUUGAAGAUAUAUCUAAUGAGUAUCGCCGAAGACGGAAAAAUGAUACCGAUGUGGCGCGAAGUCGGACAGAUACGUACAUUAGGUCAUCGCUUCGAACGGCUUUUGCUCAGAUAAUGGAGAAAGCAGAUUCAAGCAGGCGGGCAUCAAGAAACCAACCGAACCCACUUCCCAUUCUCGCUAUUCUCGCGAAAGACGUUGGUGAAUUAGCAACAAAAGAAAAGAAAAUGUUUAGUCCAAUAUUAAAAAGAUGGCAUCCGCUUGCGGCUGGUGUGGCAGUUGCAACUCUUCAUGUUUGUUACGGGAAUGAAUUAAAACAGUUUAUUUCUGGUAUAACCGAACUAACACCAGAUGCAGUACAAGUUCUUCGAGCUGCAGAUAAGUUGGAAAAAGAUCUUGUGCAAAUAGCAGUUGAAGAUUCCGUUGAUAGUGAUGACGGUGGGAAAGGAAUUAUUCGUGAAAUGCCACCGUUUGAAGCUGAAGCUGCUAUUGCUAAUUUGGUCAAAGGUUGGACUAAGUUGAGAUUGGAUCGAUUGAAGGAGUGGGUUGACCGAAAUCUUCAACAAGAGGUAUGGAAUCCCAGAGCCAAUCAAGAUGGAUACGCACCUUCGGCUGUUGAAGUCCUGAGAAUUAUAGACGAAACGUUGGAUGCGUUUUUUCAACUGCCAAUUCCCAUGCAUCCCGCGUUACUUCCCGAUUUAAUCGUAGGCCUUGAUAGAUGUCUUCAAUAUUACACAAGCAAAGCAAGAUCAGGCUGCGGAACAAGGAAUACAUUUAUUCCAACAAUGCCAGCAUUGACCCGAUGCGCAACCGAAGCGAAAUUUCAUGGUGUUUUCAAGAAAAAAGAGAAACCUACAAACUUACAAAGAAAAACCUCUCAAGUUGCAACAACAAAUGGUGAUAAUAACAACGGUUUUGGAGUACCGCAACUAUGUGUACGUAUUAACACGCUUCAGCGUAUACGCACCGAGCUUGAAGUUCUAGAAAAACGAAUCAUAACCCUUUUACGAAACUCUGAAUCCGCCCAUGUUGAAGACUUUUCAAAUGGUUUAUCAAAACGGUUUGAGCUCACACCCGGUGCGUGUUUAGAAGGUAUUCAACAACUUUGCGAGUCAGCGGCUUACAAGAUCGUGUUCCAUGAUCUUAGCCAUUGUCUCUGGGACGGUCUGUACGUCGGUGAGCCGGCGGCUUCUACGAUCGAACAGUUUAUUCAGGAGCUUGAACAGAAUUUGAUGGUUAUAGCUGAAACGGUUCACGAACAGGUGCGAACACGGUUAGUUGCUGAAAUAAUGAAAGCUUCUUUGGAAGGGUUUUUGCUUGUUUUACUUGCGGGUGGCCCGUCUCGAUCGUUUACCCGACAAGAUUCUCAAAUAAUCGAAGACGAUUUUAAGGCGAUUAAAGAUUUGUUUUGGGCUAAUGGCGACGGGUUGCCAAUGGAUGUAAUCAAUAAGUUUUCGGUUACCGUGAGAGAUGUCAUCCCACUUUUCAGAACCGAAACGGAGACGAUUAUCGAGCGGUUUAGGCGUUUGACUUUAGAGACUUACGGGUCGUCUGCUAAAUCUCGACUCCCGUUACCCGCAACUACGGGCCAGUGGGGCCCGUCUGAUCCAAACACGCUUUUACGUGUUUUGUGCUAUCGAAACGAUGACGCUGCUUCAAAGUUUCUCAAGAAAACCUACAAUCUCCCCAAGAAACUAUGAUUGAUAUUAUGAUGAUAUAUGUACAGUUUGUUGAAUGAAGCCCGCAUUUUUAGCGUGAACAACUGCGCGAAGUCGAAGAUUAAUUAUUGUUGUUAUUAGCUCGGUGUUUAUAUAAGUUCUGCGGUAUCUUUUACUUGUGUUUCUAGUCUACAUUUGUUGAUUGUUUUUAUUUUAUGUUAUGGAAAUUGCGUUUUUCGGAGACCAUAUUCGGAUAUUCCCGACCAUAUUCGGAUAUUCCCAAUAGGUAUUUAUUGGGAAAGUUGGCAGGAUCUUUUGUUCUAUAUAUAUAUUUUAGGUAUUUAUUUAUGAUCA